AUGCUGUGGCAUGAGAACGCAGGCUCAAAUGGCAGAGGCCACAGCAGAAAAGCUUCCCCGCGCGGUAGUCCGCAGUUUACCAGGGGGAAAUACCAAGAGCCCAUAUACAGUAGCAUCCGGCGCAUGGUGGUGGUCAAGCAGCAGAAGGGGUGCUGCUGGUGUGUGCCCAUCACAACUUAUGGCGGACAAGGUGUCGCCAAAGCUGGUAUUGACCGCAGCAAGCAUGCCAUUAUCUAUAUGCGAGGAGAGAUGCCCCCGAUGAACGGGGAUGAGCCGGCCAUAUCAAAGCAGCCUCUCGAAGUUGACCCUGUCAAAUUUGAACAAAAAUUGGAUCCCAUGUCGAGAGUCAACUUCGGGAAGGUCUAUACAGUCGAGCACAAUGUCAAAGUUCUGCCACAAAACGUCACAAUGAAGCGCAAGUUGGAUGCCAACGAUGUCCCUGCCCCAAAGACCGAUGUGUCUGAGGACAAAGAUCUCGACUUUGAGGCGCUCAACCUCGAUCCCCGAUUGCGCCAGGCUUUGAUCAAGGAAAAGUUCACCAAGCCCACGCUUGUUCAAUCAAAGGCGAUCCCGCUGGCGCUUGAGGGCAAGGAUAUCUUGGCCCGUGCGAAAACCGGAUCAGGCAAAACCGCCGCCUAUGUUCUUCCCAUUUUGCAAGCCAUUCUCCAACAGAAAACUGCCGAUCCCUCCUUAAAAGCCACAACCGCCCUCAUCCUUGUCCCCACCCGCGAACUGGCAGAACAAGUCCAGAAAGUCAUCGUGUCGUUCUCCAGCUUCUGUGGCAAGGAUAUCCGGUCAGUGAACUUGACGCAGAAGGUUUCCGAUGAAGUCCAACGUUCCAUGCUCGCCGAUUUCCCCGAUAUUGUUGUCUCAACCCCCACCCGCGUUUACAGCAAUGUCAACAAUUCCGCCCUCUCUCUCGACAAGGUUACCCAUUUGGUCAUUGACGAGGCGGAUCUUGUCCUGUCGUACGGCUACGAUGACGAUAUUAAUGCCCUGUCCAAGGCCAUUCCCCGAGGAGCGCAAACCUUCUUGAUGAGCGCUACCCUCACAUCUGAGGUCGACACAUUGAAGGAUCUGUAUUGCCGGAACCCUGUCAUCCUCAAGCUUGAGGAGAAGGAAGAAAAGGGCGCUGGUGUCAGCCAAUUUGUUGUUCGAUGCGCCGAGGACGAAAAGUUCCUCCUGACCUAUGUCAUCUUCAAGUUGCAGCUCAUCAAGGGCAAGGUCAUUAUCUUUGUCGCAGAUGUGGACCGUUGUUACCGUGUGAAGCUUUUCCUUGAACAGUUCGGCCUCAAGAGCUGUGUCCUCAACUCGGAACUUCCCAUCAACUCUCGUAUCCACGUUGUCGAAGAAUUCAACAAGGGUGUUUACGACAUUAUCAUCGCCGCCGAUGAGCAAGAAGUAAUGGGCACCAAGUCAAAGAAGUCCCGCGAGGUCAAGGAAUUGGAAGAAGAAGAGCCCAAAGAGGAGAUGGGUGAUAGCGAGGACGAAGAGGCACAGGAUGAGGACGGAAAAGGAAAGAAGCAGGAAUCAAAGAAGCGCCGCAAGAUGAGCGCCAAAGAGAAGGACUACAGCAUUGCCCGCGGAAUCGACUUCCAAAAUGUCGCAUGCGUUCUCAACUUCGACCUCCCCACAACCUCAAAAUCCUACACCCAUCGCAUUGGACGUACCGGCCGCGCCGGUAAGGCCGGCAUGGCCCUCUCUUUCGUCGUACCUGCCGACCAGUACGGCAAGCACAGACCCACCUCAAUCCCCAGCACAAAGCACGACGAGACCAUGCUCGCCAAGAUUGUUAAGCGCCAGGGCAAGCUCGGCCACGAGGUCAAGCCUUACCAUUUCGAAAUGUCUCAAGUCGAUGCCUUCCGGUACCGUAUGACCGACGCUCUCCGCGCCGUGACCAGACUCGCCAUCCAGGAAGCCCGUGGACGCGAAAUCCGCCAAGAACUGAUUAAGAGUGAGAAGCUCAAGCGCCACUUCGAGGACAACCCUGAUGAAUUGCGCCAGCUGCGUCACGAUGGCGAGCUGCGAGCUGCGCGUGUCCAGGCGCAUCUCAAGCACGUCCCUGAAUAUCUCAUGCCUGCUAAGGGACGGAAGGGAAUCUCUAAGGAGAAUGUUGGCUACGUUGGCUUCUCGAAGUCCAAGCAGAACCGUAUUCGCAAAGCGAGAGAUCGCAACCGCGCUCGCGGUAAGGCCGGUGGCAAGUCGGACCCUCUGAAGACGUUUAAUCGAUCCAAAAAAUAG